GCCCGCACCUGCUGCCUCACCUCCGAGCCACCUCUGCUGCGCACCGCAGCCUCGGACCUACAGCCCAGGAUACUUUGGGACUUGCCGGCGCCCAGAACCGCGCCCAGACGGCCCCUCCACCUUUUGUUUGGCUAGGGUCGCCGAGAGCGCCCGGAGGGAACCGCCUGGCCUUCGGGGACCGCUUUUGUCUGGAACCACCCUCCCGGCGUAUCCUAUUCCCUCUGCCGCGAGGCCAUCGCUUCACUGGAGGGGUCCAUUUGUGUGUAGUUUGGUGACAAGAUUUGCAUUCACCUGGCCCAAACCCUUUUUGUCUCUUUGGGUGACCGGAAAACCACCUCAAGUUUUCUUUUGUGGGGCUGCCCCUCAAGCGUCGUUUGUUUUACUGUAGGGUCUCCCGCCCGGCGCCCCCAGUGUUUUCUGAGGGCGGAAAUGGCCAAUUCGGGCCUGCAGUUGCUGGGCUUCUCCAUGGCCCUGCUGGGCUGGGUGGGUCUGGUGGCCUGCACCGCCAUCCCGCAAUGGCAAAUGAGCUCCUAUGCGGGUGACAACAUCAUCACGGCCCAGGCCAUGUACAAGGGGCUGUGGAUGGACUGCGUCACGCAGAGCACGGGGAUGAUGAGCUGCAAAAUGUACGACUCGGUGCUCGCCCUGUCCGCGGCCUUGCAGGCCACUCGAGCCCUAAUGGUGGUCUCCCUGGUGCUGGGCUUCCUGGCCAUGUUUGUGGCCACGAUGGGCAUGAAGUGCACGCGCUGUGGGGGAGACGACAAAGUGAAGAAGGCCCGUAUAGCUAUGGGUGGAGGCAUAAUUUUCAUCGUGGCAGGUCUUGCCGCCUUGGUAGCUUGCUCCUGGUACGGCCAUCAGAUUGUCACGGACUUUUAUAACCCUUUGAUCCCUACCAACAUUAAGUAUGAGUUUGGCCCUGCCAUCUUUAUUGGCUGGGCAGGGUCUGCCCUAGUCAUCCUGGGAGGUGCACUGCUCUCCUGUUCCUGUCCUGGGAAUGAGAGCAAGGCUGGGUACCGUGCACCCCGCUCUUACCCUAAGUCCAACUCUUCCAAGGAGUAUGUGUGACCUGGGAUCUCCUCGCCCCAGUCUGACAGGCUAUGGGAGUGUCUAGAUGCCUGCAAGGGCCUGGGGCUGAGCUCAGCCUGUGGGCAGGGUGCCGGACGAAGGCCUCCUGGUCACUCUGUCCCUGCACUCCAUGUAUAGUCCUCUUGGGUUGGGGGGGGCUGUUGGUGGGAGAGACAAAAAGAGGGAGAGGGUGCUUUUUGUACAGUAAUAAAAAAUAAGUUUUGGGAAGCAGGCUUUUUUCCCUUCAGGGCCUCUGCUUUCCUCCCGUCCGGAUCCUUGCAGGGAGCUUGGAACCUUAGUGCACCUACUUCAGUUCAGAACACUUAGCACCCCAGACUCCAUUGACAAUUGACUAAAAGAUGCAGGUGCUCAUAUCUCGACAUCCAUUCCCACCCCCCUCUUAUUUAAAUAGCUACCAAACUACUUCUUUUUUAAUAAAAAAAUAAAGAUUUUAUUAGGUCCGGUUCUACUCUCUCACAUU